UCCCCGCUGCCCGCGCCGGCGCGCACUGCCGGUGUCUGCGGGACGCCUUCCUUCCACCUGAGCCCUCUCCAGCGGGCGACGCGCGCAGCUAGCCGGUGCCGCCCCCACCGCCCCAUCCUCCACUGGGGCCGCCAGUUCAAGGCUGCUCGCGUCGGGAAGGAGAUGCCCAGGGUCUCUGGGACGCGUCCUCUUGCCCCGUUUAGCCGCACCCAGCUUUAGAAGGCACUCCGAGCAGCCACUCUCGGGCUCCAGCCAAGACACCCUCUCGCCUCAAUCUUUGCCAAGAUCCCCGACCCCAGCCAUUCUCUGAAGGGGCCGAGGACCCUCUGGUCGCGUCCCUCAUGGCCAAGCCUCUGCUGCUGGUUUUCUGCUUCGCUCUGGUUGUGACUCCAGGCUGGGCGUCCAGCACUUCCCCUACAGGGACAAGCGAGCCCCCAGAUGUGCAGACAGUGGCGCCCACGGAGGAUGAGACUCUGCAAAACGAGGCGGACAACCAGGAGAACGUUUUAUCUCAGCUGCUGGGGGACUACGACAAAGUCAAGGCCGUGUCCGAGGGCUCAGACUGUCAGUGCAAGUGCGUGGUGAGACCCCUGGGCCGAGACGCCUGCCAGAGGAUCAACGCAGGGGCCUCCAGGAAGGAAGACUUCUACACGGUGGAGACCAUCACCUCAGGCCCAUCCUGCAAGUGUGCCUGUGUCGCGCCCCCGUCGGCCCUCAAUCCCUGUGAGGGAGACUUCAGGCUCCAGAAGCUGCGGGAGGCAGACAGCCAGGACUUGAAGCUCUCCACAAUCAUAGACAUGCUGGAAGGAGCAUUCUAUGGCCUGGAUCUCCUGAAGCUGCAUUCGGUCACCACCAAACUCGUGGGGCGAGUGGAUAGACUGGAGGAGGAAGUUUCUAAAAACCUCACCAAGGAAAACGAGCAAAUCAAAAAGGACAUGGAAGAAAUUCAAACUGAGAUGAACAAACGAGGCAAAGAAAACUGCUCCGAUAACGUCCUCGAUAGCAUGCCAGACAUCCGCUCGGCCCUGCAGAGGGACGCGGCAGCAGCCUACGCCCACCCAGAGUAUGAAGAGCGGUUUCUGCAGGAAGAAACCGUGUCCCAGCAGAUCAACUCCAUCGAGCUCCUGCAGACGCGACCCCUGGAUCCACCCGAGGUGGUGAAGCCACGGCGGCCCCUGCAGAGGCAGGUCCACCUGAGGGGCCGGCCGGCCUCCCAGCCCACUGUCAUCCGGGGCAUCACCUACUAUAAAGCCAAGGUCCCCGAGGAAGAGAAUGACAUCGAAGAGCAGCAAGACGAGUUCUUCAGUGGUGACAAUGGAGUGGACUUGCUGAUUGAAGAUCAGCUCCUGAGACACAACGACCUGCAGACCAGAGCCACCCGAAGGCCAGCAGCCACCCAUCCCGGACAUGACACUGCUGUGACAAGUGACCUGAGCACUCAGACCGCACCCCUGUCCUCAGCACUGCCACAGGCCCCGACCCCAGCUCCCAGCGUCGCCGACCCCGCUCUCUCUGCCUCAGUUAGACCACACUCAGCAACGCUCCCGACGACCUCAGCGUUUCCGGAUCCCACGGGGGAAGCAGUCCUUCAUCCUUCUCCUCAGGUUCCAGCCACCACCGUGGCCCACACGGCCACCCAGCCACCUCCGGCCCCAGCUUCUCCAGCAACGGCGCCUGGGGACACAUGGGUGGAGGCUACACACACGGCCCCAGCGCCUCCCACCACAGUCAGGACCAACUUGCUGGGGCAAGAUGCUACUGCUGGGCAGGGGACAACCCCUGCCGGCCCCACCCUGAGCCCCGAAGAAGAAGAUGACAUCCGGAAUGUCAUAGGAAGGUGCAAGGACACCCUCUCCACAAUCACGGGGCCAACCACCCAGAACACAUAUGGGCGGAACGAAGGGGCCUGGAUGAAGGACCCCCUGGCCAAGGAUGAGCGGAUUUACGUAACCAACUAUUACUACGGCAACACUUUGGUAGAGUUCCGGAACCUGGAGAACUUCAAACAAGGUCGCUGGAGCAAUUCCUACAAGCUCCCGUACAGCUGGAUCGGCACGGGCCACGUGGUGUACAACGGCGCCUUCUACUACAACCGGGCCUUCACCCGCAACAUCAUCAAGUACGACCUGAAGCAGCGCUACGUGGCUGCCUGGGCCAUGCUCCACGACGUGGCCUAUGAGGAGGCCACCCCCUGGCGGUGGCAGGGUCACUCGGACGUGGACUUUGCUGUGGACGAGAAUGGCCUGUGGCUCAUCUACCCGGCCCUGGAUGACGAGGGCUUCAGCCAGGAGGUGAUCGUCCUGAGCAAGCUCAACGCCGCGGACCUGAGCACGCAGAAGGAGACCACGUGGCGCACGGGGCUGCGGCGCAACUUCUACGGCAACUGCUUUGUCAUCUGCGGGGUGCUGUAUGCCGUGGACAGCUACAACCAGCGCAAUGCCAACAUCUCCUACGCCUUCGACACGCACACCAACACGCAGAUCGUGCCCAGGCUGCUGUUCGAGAAUGAGUACUCCUACACGACCCAGAUAGACUACAACCCCAAGGACCGCCUGCUCUAUGCCUGGGACAACGGCCACCAGGUCACCUACCACGUCAUCUUUGCCUACUGACCCCUUGUCCCUGCAAGCAGAAGCACAGAGGGGCCGCUAGCACCUUGUGUGUGUGUGUGUG